UGUUUCUUGCAUCGUAUUCUGAAGAGAUCUCGGCCUUGCAGCAGCAUCAGAGAUCAGAUUUAACCCUUGGAAAAGCUGCCUGAGCAGAUGUACCUGGAGUCCAUGUGUCCAUCCCCAGAACGGGAGCCUCGAAAGAGCACGGAUGAGUAAACCGAGAGCCAGAAAAGAGAAGUGAUUUACCCAAAGGCGUCCAGCUGGUAAUGGCACAGCUGAAAUCGAAUUCAGAUUCAUCUCGCGAUUACUCCGUCCCCCUCCCCCCAGAGAGUGAGUCCUGUACUGCCAGUAAACCAGACAGGCAGGUCACUGUGGACAGGCAAUGCUGACGUUAGAGGACAAGGACAUGAAGGGAUUCACCUGGGCCAUAGCCCCAGCCUUGGCUGCCCUGGGCUACCUGCUCAUGCUGCUGGUCUCCAUCUUUCCUUUCUGGGUGCGGCUCAUGAAUGAGGAGUCCAGUGAAGUGUUUUUCAGUGGCCUGUUUGAGAACUGCUUCCAUAUUAAGUGCUGGAAGCCUCGACCCUUAUCCAUUUACAUCCUUCUUGGCCGGGUUUUCCUGCUCUCUGCAGUCAUCUUGGCUUUCCUUACCACCUUCAUCAUGGUGUCCUUUGCAUCUGAGCUCUUCCCAAGGACCCGGAAGUACAACUUUGUGUCAGCCUUCAUCAGCUUUCUCACAGGGGCCUGUGCCUUCCUGGCCUUACUGCUGCAUGCCCUGGAGAUCCAGAAUCUGAGGACAAAACCCAGCCCCCCGCAGUUCUUUGUGCAGUGGCCUUACUACGUCCUGGGCUUUGGGAUCCUUCUGUUCAUGGUGGCUGGUGUCAUCUGCCUCUCUCAAGAAAUAGCCUGCCCUAGCUGCCGUUUAUUGCCCGUGUCCCAGAAUAUUGAUGAGACCCAGGGGAGCCUUCAUUUGGACAAGCUGGAGAGUUUGGGAGGAGAACUGAGCUCAAUACAGAAGGAGACACUGCUGAAAGAAGAAACCAUUAUCUAGCCCAGGAUAUUGUCUCUCUACCCUCUUCAAGCUGUGUGAGUCCACGUGUGUAGGUGUUUGUACCUCC